AUGUCAACAUUGGCAGACGAUUUGGAUGACGGUUUGGAAUACGCUUACAACCCUUCUGAUAACGAGGUAGAUGAGGGUGUGGUGGUGUCGGAGCCAGAGGAAGAGAAGAUUGACGGAAAAGGAAAAAGAAAAAGAGACCAAGGCUCAAGCAAGGAAAAGUUAAAGGAAAAGAAAAAGAUCAAGAUGCAAUAUGACAUUGAACAUAAGCUUAAUUUCAGUAAAGAGCAGCCGGAUGUGAUUGUUGAAGAGCUGGCUAAAAAGAUCAGACAGCAUAACAAGGAUCUGAGUUCUUUGGAGCUCAGUGAAUUGUAUUUUUCUAAGGACGAUUUUGUCUACACUGGAGAUUAUCCACAUAAGAGAAACUUGCCAGGAUUCAGCAAGUUCCUCAAGACUACAUUUCCAAGAGUUUUCGGUAAGUCACGCAGAAACACCUCUAAAUAUGUGCUGGUAUUGUCUCAAUCGGCAAUCAGGUGCUGUGAUAUUCAUAGGGCUACCAGAGACCUACCGGGCUCAUCUCUAAAAUUAAUCAAGAAAAACAAGAUGAAAAACGACAUUGAACUCAUAAAGAGGGCCAAGAGUCAUCUGUUGUCUUCCACUACCGGCAGAUUGAUUCGUCUACUAGAAGAAGAAGAAUGCACCCUCACUCCAGACAGCAUCUCAGCGAUCGUGGUUGAUUCUUCCUACCUUGAUUCGAAGAAGAUUUCCUAUUGGGACGAUUACAAAAACAUUGAGGUCAUCAAGGACCUCCUCAAAAAAAACAAAUCACUGAAAGUAUACCUGUAUUGA